CUUUUCGUAAUAAUCAGACUAAUGGAUCUUCAUAGCAUAGACCUUAUACUCAUAAGGUCUAUGCUCCACAGGAAAAACUCCGGAUCCAUGACGUCAUUAGUUAGUGUUAUCAAUAUUGUACUUAUCAGAUGUUAUAAUGAUUAAAUGAGUGGCGAUUUAUUUUUGGCACUUGUUUAAAUUUUUACUACAAGUACUAGAGAUGGAAGGAUACAUUAGAAGGCUUGAUUGAAGGGACUAUUUAGUAAUAGGAGGAGCAUAAAAAAGAGUUUAGGUUAGAUUAUUUUAUCACAAUUACAAUGUAUAAAGUUAAAAUAUAACAAUAACAUAAACCUAUCUGGUCUUUUCAAUCCAAAUACCAAAUCCAACCGAAGCUCCUUUUUAUGAUCCUUCUAUUAUUGAAUAAUCUCUACAAUCAAGCUCUUUAAUGUAUCCUUCAAUCCCUGGCGCUUAUUGCAAAAAUUUAAACAAGUACCAAAAAUAAAUCACCGCUCUUUUAAUCAUCAUAGCAUCUGAUAAGAACAAUAUUGAUAACACUAAUUAAUGACGUCAUGGAUCCAGAGUUUUUUCCUGCGAAGAUUCAUUCGUAUUAUCAGCAAUUUGUAUUGCCUCGACACCUGUCUGAAAUCUUGAUUAUUUGUAUUAAUAUUUAUUUAGUAUAUAAAUAUAUAUAGAUAAAAAUGCAUAAGACUAUUAAUAGCUUAACCAAUGACUUGAGUUCAGUCUUAAAUUUAAGGAUGUAAAAUUUUAUACUUUAACUAAUGGAGAAGGAAGAACAUAAAGAAGUGUAUGAUACUCCUGUUACUGAUGAAAAUGGUUCUCCUAUUAGUAUUGUGUGGAAACCUGAUCUUUAUAAACUUCAACAAGAAUCACCUAAGCCCCAGCCAGUAUUUGCAUCCAGUGCAGUGUCUGGCUGUCCAUUUUUUUAUGGUCUUGAAUAUCAUGGAGCAAUGAACCAUAAAGAGGCUAGUUCACUGUUAAAAAAUGAUGGAAACUAUCUUAUAAGACUUAGUACUAGUUUAAAUGAUAAAACAUAUACUCUUUCCUUAAAAAUAUUUAACAAAGUUCAUCAUUAUAAACUAUUUUAUGAUGGACAACAUUAUGUAUCACAAAAACGUUUUAACACAAUCAAUGAUCUUGUAGCGGAUGGUUUGGUAACAUUAUACAUAGAGUCUAAAGCUGGAAAAUACAUUCACUUAAUGCACAGUUUAAUCAGUUAUGAAAAGAGUCCUUAUAUGACAUUAAAUAAACUUAAACGUAAAACAAUUAAAAAAUUAAAACCCAGACAACUUAAUUGUGAAGAAGUUGUUGACUACGAUAAACCUCACAACUUUAAAACACAUAACUUUAAAGGACUUAAUUGGUGUGAACUGUGUAGUAAUUUUUUAUGGGGUUUCACUCAGCAAGGAGUUAAAUGUGAAGAUUGUGGGUUCAGUGCACAUUUUAAGUGUUCUGAAAAGGUGCCAUCUGAUUGUUGCCCUGAUUUGAAAUUAUUUCGAGGAGUAUUUGGGAUUGAUUUAACUACUCAUGUUAAAGCCUAUAAAACUAAUAGACCGUUUGUAAUAGACAAAUGUGUUGAAGAAAUUGAAAGACGAGGUAUGUCUGUUGAAGGAAUAUAUAGGGUAUCUGGUUUUCAAGAAGAGAUGGAUAAUUUGAGAUUAGCUUUAGAUAAAGAUGGUAAAUCUACUGUUAUGGGUGAUAAAGCUUACGAAAAUAUACAUGUGGUAGCUAGUAUCUUAAAAAUGUAUCUUAGAUUGCUUCCAAUACCAUUGAUCACAUUUGACGUGCAUCCUCUUGUUCUACAAGCUUUAGAAACUCAAAUGUCUUGGGAAAGAUUAGCAGAAGUAAGAGCUGCUUUGAAAAAAUUACCACCAGCUCAUUACAACACAUUAAGUUAUUUAAUGGCUCAUUUAUACAGGGUGACUUUACGAUCAGAUGAAAACAAAAUGACUGCUCAAAAUCUAAGCACAGUAUUUGCACCAACUCUUAUGCCAAUGCCAGAUUUAAUCGAUUUCAAGGGUACAAUACCAGACAUGAAUCGUGACAUAAGUGCAUUACAUAUGAUUAUUGAAAAUCAAAAUGUUAUUUUCAAUUGAAAUGUGUAACUAUAUUCAGUUUGUCAGUAUUACUGAGUUCAUAAACUAUUUUUUUCUUAUUUCAGUAUUAAUUUAAAACAAUAUUUUUACUAAAUAAAUUUUUUUAUUAUACUUGAC